AUGGAUUGGCUAGUUAAGCAUCAGGUGAAUUUGGAUUGUGCUGCUACACAGGUAGUACUAAAAACUGCAGAGGGUGAUGAGCUAUUGGGGUUACCUCCUAACCGUGAAGUUGAGUUUGGGAUAGAGCUCUUGCCUGGUAUAGCUCCAGUGCCUAUUGCUCCUUAUAGAAUGGCACCGGAAGAGCUUGUAGAGCUAAAGGCUCAUAUUCAAGAGUUACUGGAUCGAGGGUUCAUUCGCCCUAGGUAUUAUAGGCGGUUUGUUAAAGGAUUUUUGUUGAUUAGUGCACCUCUGAUUAAGUUGUUGUGUAAAGGGGUACUAUUUAACUGGACUAAUAAACAGCAGAAAAGUUUUGAGAGACUUAAGAAAGUUUUGACUAAGGCCCUUGUCUUAAUACAGCCAGAGUUUGGGAAGGACUUCACUGUCUAUAGCGAUGCAUAA